CGGCCGAUGUCGUUUUUAGCGAAUGUCUCAAAGGCGGCCAAUAUGGCAUGACAAGUCAUGACAAUUUCACAUAAAAUAAACAAAAUUUAUCGAUGGAAGACUCAUUUUUUGGAUUUGAUACAUCUGUGCCGUUGGACGAUGAUGGUGGAGGGCAAAUUGCUGAACCAUCGGAAGAGGAAUAUGAUGCUUUAAAUGACGAGACCUUCGGAUCGGCAAUUAAUGGGGACUGGGAAGAAGUUCAUGAAAAUCUAGUCCGUUUGACCGGUGAUGUAGAGGGAGAUGGGGAUACUUUGGACAGUGGAGCUCAUGGUGUGGCAAGUGGUGGUUAUGGCUCGCUGUCCGGAAUGAAAAAUAGUCGAACACAACGUUUCGCAGACUCAGAUCUUGAAUUAAAUUUGUCAGGUAUGAAGUUAGACGAUGUAGAUCUGAAUUAUGGAGACAAUGAAAGCAUGAGUGGGCUGAUGGGUGAUACUGUCAAAAUGGAUCCCAGUGUUUGGUCUUUGGGCGUGAAGGAUAGAACUUUAGGUGCAAACAGUUCAGCGGUAGUAAAUCGUUUAUCCUCUAAUCCGGAGGAUUUUUUACGUGAGCACUUUCCCACGCCGUUUCAACAUCACCAACAACAACAACAAAAUCAAGAUCUAAACAAUCAGCGACAACUUCAAAUAAAACAACAACAAUCACAAAAUCUGUCUUUUGGUUUGCCUCAGUUUCCUAAAAUGUCAUUGCCUCCGCAACAGCAGCAACAACCGAAAAUUUGCACUUUGGAAGAUAUCGAACGUAAUAUGAUAAUGCAACAAACAAUGCCUAAGCAACCACAAAUUCAGCAUCAUCAACAGAGUCAACAGCAGCAACAUGAAGCUGAAAUGAUAGCGAAACAGCAAAAAAUUUUACAUGACAUUUUAAGACAUUCAUCCGAAACACCAACUCCUUUGCAACAGCAACAACAACCUCAACAUCUACAACAUGGAAAUCAUCAACAACAACAACAACAGCAGCAGCAGCAACAACAACAGCACCAGCAAAUGCUAUCCCAACAAUAUUCGCUAUUAUUGGCGCAAAAAGGUCCGCAGGGUCCGCGAGGUUUUGUUAAUCCUAAUCAACAAUCGCCCCCAAGGCCAUCGAACAAUUUUGCCAAUAAUUUGGCUCAACAUCCUUUAGGAAAUUUACUACAGCAACAGCAACAACAACAACAAGAUCUACCGCAGCCACCACCACUGCAUUCUCAGCCUCAGUUAGGUGCUGCAGGAAGUCGACUGCCCCCCGGAUUCUAUUUUCAACAAUCUGGACAUCCUCCGUUGCCACCACAUCCCCUACUUAACCAACACGGUGGAUUGCCAAAUAAUUUUCCCAAUCAACGUCCACUGCCAAAUGCACAUCUCCCAGUUGCACUCAAUAACUUCGCUAUGCAUCCAAACUUUAAUGCAAUGCGUGCGGCUGCACGUGGCAUACAUCCAGCGGCAAUUUUGGCACAACAACAUCAACAGCAGCAACAGCAGUCAGUUCCAAAUCGUAUACCCGGUCAUCUCCCAAAUUCGAUGAUGCUUCUUAAUCAAAAUCCAAACACGUCGAAUUCCUCAUUCAACAUGUUCAAUAUGCGUCUUGUACAAGAAAUUCAACAAAAUCACCCACUGCUCCAGAACGCCGCUCGCCAAGCUCAACAGCUUCAGCAACAACAGAAUUGCAUUCAAAAUCACAUUAACAUCAAUAAUAACCACAAUCAGCGUAUUGGCGGUGGUCCAAAUGCUGCAAUUGGCGGCAGUGGCAUCGUAGGAAAUCAAAAACAAAAUCAUAAUAUGAGACGUGACGGAGUGUCGGCUAAUGGUAAUUUGCCGCACGAAGAAUUCGACGAGUACGCCAAUCUUAUGAGCACUCGUGAAAAACAUUGGCUGAUUGGUAUUCAAUUGUCGCAGUUAAACACUGACACGCCAUACAUUGACGACUAUUAUUACACUGUCUAUAGGGAACGAAAGGUGGUCUUGAGUGGAAAUUUGCGUCACAGCCAGGCACACAAGGACAACCAGCUUAAUCAUCCUUUAACUCAACCCAAGGGGCACGCUCAACUUAUUCUAGUGCAGCUGGGCAAUAAGAAUGGUCAACGAAAUGGCCAGCAUCGUGAACGUCGUAAUUCUGAAAAUCACAACCAAAACCAAGAGAUGAAGUUGCCGACAUAUGUUUUUACACCUCUCAAAUUUGAAAAUUCGCUUGGUAAGUUACAGUACGGCAGUGUAACGGCACCACGUAAAAUUAUUGAUGCUGAAAUUAUGGGUAAUGAAACAUCAUCCACUUCGAUCACAACUGGAUCAAAUAACGCCGUCGCUAAGGACGUUACAUUAGUUCAAACGGCAUUGUCUGCAGACGCUGGUACAACUCUGUCAAGCAUCAAUGUUGUUGGUAUUAAAUCGGAAACUCCGGCUUUGGUGCAGAUGACAAAUACAGUUGGCGAUACGACGGCAGCCAAUAGUCAGCGGAAGUCCCGUUAUAUUCUGUUGCAUAUUGAGACUUUGUAUCGCAUCCUGCUGAAGUUGGAAGACCUAAACAAUCCGAAUGUGAUUGCGACAAUACUGAUGAAGAAGAAAAAGGAAAGCGAACGCAUUGCAGCCCUAGAACAAUUAGAAAAUGCCAAUAAAACACCAGAGGAACGAGCCACAGACACAUCUAACAAUCCAUCUAUGAAAAGCAAAUUUAACUACGAAAUCGAAACAAAAGAUGCUCUUAUUGAAAAAUUAGUGGCAGGAUUGCAACAUGACAAGGUCGUUGCCAUGAUGAAUGUCCGCAAAGGAAAGGUUUUAAUUCGUCGCAUCAUGCCGAAUAUUGAAAGCCACGACGUACGUUGGAAUGUGUGGAUUGGUGUUUUCAGCUCUUUGCAAAAUGUUUUUAAAAAAGAUCGCGAUGAUACAGAAGGCGUAUUAUACUCCCUGUAUCCUGAGUUUAAUAAACAAAUUAAAUCUGCUAACUUUGAGAUUAUUGUAAAAAUUUCUUCAGCCAUUACACUUAAUGAUAAAAAAUCGAAUGGCGUCUUUUGUAGUAAGUUUGGCAUAUCAUCAUUGGUUUGCUUAAUAUUACAAGCUGAAAAUAUUUAUGUAGCAAAUGACGAUGCAACCCUAACAGAGAACAAUAAAGAUAAAUGGCGUCAGUUUUUGGAUCAAGUUGCUUCAUCUUUAAAUCGAACAAUACAGAAUCAAACAAUCUGUGCCGCCAUCGAAUCCGAUUCCAUACAACCCAUAAUGAAUCAUUUUGCACGUUUCAAAGAUUUAAAGCUGGAUUCACUGUUGGCGUUAAUUACCGAAGCCAAACAACAAAUCAAUUGAAAAAACGAUUGACAAACAAUACAAGCAAUUUAUGGCAAAUAUUUUGUGCUAAAAAAGGAUAUAAAUAAUAAUGAACAGCAGCAGGCAAGUAGUAAAUUAAAUGUUUAUAUUUACUCAAAAACCAUAAGUAAACAUAAAGGGCAAAAUGUAGACUUACAUUGGAAAUAUGAACAAAACGGAAAUACACAUCCACUUUUAAGGACGGUGGUUUGGUUAAUUUAUUCAACAUCUUGUGGUUCUUGUUCCAAACAUUCACCCACACCUUAAUCUCUAAGAACAUAAUAAUAUACAAAGAAACCUUUAGAUACAGUUCAAAAAGUAAAAAGUAUAAGAAAAGUCCAACAACAUGAAAAUACACAUAUGUACGCACUUGCAUAUAUUAAUUUCAAUAAUACUUUAAAGAAUUUUUUGUAAGAAAUAAUUAGUUAACAAAACUUAAAAAAGCAAAUGAAAAAGAAAAAAAUACAUAUAAAAAUAUUUAAAUUAUAAUUCAUUCACAGCAUUUCUUUUAAUGUUCAUUAAAAAAAAAUUCUAAAUUCACAAAUGCAUAGAGAUGGAUUAAUGUUUAGCUUUUUUUGUAAUUAGUUAAGUCCUUUUAUUUCUAUUUUUUAUACUAAUUUCUUUAUUUCUUCUAAUUAAUAAUUUAUUUUGUGGUGCUAAUUUACAAAUGGCAGGCAUCAGCAAAACAGUUUAGUUUGUAUUCAUUUUUGUUUUCUUUUUUUUAUUAUUAUUUUUUGCAAUUAAAAGGAAAAUUAUUUAUUUUAAUGAAUAUAAACAUACAUACAAGCAAAAAUACAACAAAUUUUAUAAAUACACAUAUUUUAAAGUACUUUUCCUUUUAAUUUUUGUUUAAACAAAUCUAAUAUUUAUGCAUUAUUAUUAUAAUUUUUUCAUUUAAUUUUAUCUUAUUUUAUUUUCUAUUGGUGUUUUGUAAAUAUUUGUAAAAGCAAAACCUUAGUAUUUAGGAUCUAAAUUUUAUUUAAAAUAAACAAAAAUAAACAAAAAUAAACAAAAAUAAAAAAAAAAUAAAAAAUAAAAAAAAUAUAUAUAUAUUUAUUCAAAUAUAAACAAAAAAAUCCGAAAGAUAUAAGAAAGAAAAAGUUUAAAUAAAUUCUUUCUUGAUCGAUAAAAACAAAAUAAUUGAAAAUGUAUUCAAUAAAAUCACAAUAUGAAUUAAAACUUCAGAAUAGGCAAGUUUUUAUUUAUUUAAUAAACUUUAAUAUUAAACAAUUUUCAAUCUUACAUAUUUUAAACAUUACAUUUCGUCUAUCAAAUUAGUUAAAAUAAGUCAAUAAAAAUUCGAUGCGCUACUGUGGCUUCAUUUCAAAAUCAAUAACUAAACAGUUAACUACGGCGGUGAACAUUUUUGACAUUGUCACCGAUUUUACGCAUUUUAAUUUUAGCAAAAAAUUUUACUUAAAUAAACAUUUUUCAUUUACAUAUAUUUGCUGUUUAAAAUUAAAAGAAAUUUUUAAUUCCAAAAAAAAAAUAAAAAAAUGUUUAAUCAGUUCAACAAAACAGACACAUUAUUUCACAAGCGUAUUUUACAAAACUUAAACACAAAUUAGAGAAGGGGUAAAAUUUACCACAUCCUCCGUAGUAAAAGGUUAAAUUUUCAAAAUCUAAUAAUAUUUUCUUUUUAUUUUCGGCAACACAAUGGGUAGGAAUUGGUAAAACAAUUAGGAAAUGUUUUAUUUGAUAUUCAAGAAAUAAUUUAUGUUAAAAAAAUGAUAAAUUGUGUAAAAAUUGAAACUUAUCGUUUUUGUAGUUGAUAAAAAACUAUUCUUAAUACAUGUAUAGUAUGUAUGUAUGUAUGUAUGUAUGUCUGUCUAUAUUAUUUAAGUUUGAUGACUCUUUUUUAAAUUUAAAUUAAAUUUAAUAAAACAUGUAUUAUAAAAAUUACAAUGUAUGUCGUCUACCUGAAACUUUUUACCCAUUGUGAAUUGGAGUUUGAUUAGUUUGUUAAUAGUGUAUCGACUCGUAAAAAUAUACAUACAUUUUUGAUGUAAACGUUUUUUCAUUAACUUUUUUAAAUAAAGAAAAUGUAUUUAAAAAAUAUACAUAUAUAAAAAAAAACUUCAAAAGCCAUUAUAUAAAUAUUUAUUUCUGUAAUUAAAACGACAUAAACACACUCACCACUACUCGUAUAAUAACUGUAAACAUUUGCGGUAACGGAUCAAUAUUUGUUUAAAAAAUCCAAAAACUGCUAAUUUUAGUAAAUAAUUAAUGAUUGAUUGAUUGAUUGAUGUUUAUAUACAUAUAUAUUAUUUUGUUAUUCUUAUAAUUUUAUUAUUUUUUGUAGACUAUUGAUUUUAAUUUAGAUUUAUCCAAUUAAUGCAAACAUAAAUUUAUAAUUUCGUUUUGGUAAAAAUGUAGAAUAUAAAUAUGUAUACAAAAAUUCUGAACCUUUGUCUCUUUGUGUACGUGUGUGAAAGAGUAUACAUUUUUGCAAUAAUACUGCUGCGCACCCACUUCCUUUGAGCUUUCAUUAUUAUAUAUUAAAAAGAUUAAAAAUUAAUAAAAAAAAAUAUACAAAUUAAAACAAACGCUUUCAUAUAUUUUUUUUUAAAGUCAAGUGUUUGUUUUAUACAUUUAAAUUGAUUAAUUAAAAACAAAAUAAUUAACUCUUAAUUAUACAAAUAAUAUUAUACAAAAAAUGUCAAAAUAUAAAAAAGUAAUUGCUCCUUCUGUUUAACAAUAUUUAUGUAUGUAUGUUUAAAUUUUGUUUCUAUGUUCAAUGAAAUUAUUUUUACAAAUUUAUCUAGAUACAAACUUUUGUUCGUUUGUUUAUAUCUAUUCUAUAUUUUAUUACGAAAAGAAUAUAUUGUAAUAAAAAAAUUAACAUUUUAACAAAUUAAUAAAUUCGUUGUUCUUUAAUCACUGCAUCAAAACAUACAAA